UCGUAUUUUGUAAUCUAUUCAAUAUUAGUGACUAGCGUAUACUGUUUUACUAAACGUUGAAAUUAGUCGUUCCGAAUUAUUGAGUAGUAUUGAAGUUUAUUUAGUUCAAAAACGUUUAAAAAUUAUCAAAAAUGUCUCUCCUCAGUCAUUGUGGUGUUCAAGACAGCGGCAUUCAUGAUAUCACAAAGGAUGAAGUAACCACUGGUACUACCAUCAUAGCAGCUAUUUAUGACGGUGGUGUUAUAAUCGGAGCUGACUCUCGUACUACAACUGGAGCAUAUAUCGCUAAUCGAGUUACUGAUAAGUUGACAAAAGUAUGUGACAACAUUUAUUGUUGUCGGUCAGGUUCGGCUGCUGAUACACAAGCCAUAACUGAUAUUGUUGCAUAUUACAUGGAUUUAACUAGCGUUCAAAUGGGCGAACCUCCGCUGGUCAGAGCUGCUGCCAAUGUGUUUAAAAACCUGAUAUACGAGAACAGACAUCAAUUGACUGCUGGUAUCAUUGUAGCUGGGUGGGACAGUAGAUUCGGCGGACAAGUUUAUUCGAUCAAUGUCAGUGGUACAAUUGUUCAACAAAACAUUUCAAUUGGUGGUUCUGGUAGUUCCUAUUUGUACGGUUUCAUGGAUUCACAGUAUAAGGAUGGAAUGACCCAGCAAGAAUGUGAAAAUCUUGUCCUUAACGCAAUUUCAUUGGCAAUUAAACGUGAUGGUUCCAGUGGAGGUGUUGUGCGUAUGGGAGUAAUAAACCAUACUGGUUCUAUUCAAAGAAAGUUGGUACUUGGAGAUCAACUUCCAAAAUUUUAUGAUAAUAUCUACGAAGAAAAACCUCAUAUUGAAGUAUCUGGAGGAGAUGCUACCAUGGUUUAAUUUUUUUUUUUUUUGUAAUCGUAAAUUAAAUUGUUUUGGUAAAACAAUUAUUUUUUAUUAUAAUAUCAAUACACUAAAUAAAAUCGAAUAAA